AGAGGUUCUCCAAUUCACUUUUCAGUCGGAGCUGUUUGGUAGGUGAUGGCUCCAAGUCAACCUAAUUCUGGCCUUUUCGUAGGCUUAAACAGAGGUCAUGUUGUCACCAAGAAGGAAUUGGCUCCCCGUCCGACUAAUAGAAAGGGGAAAACCAGCAAGAGAGUGCACUUUGUAAGGAGCUUAAUAAGGGAGGUUGCUGGUUUCGCACCAUCUGAGAAGAGGAUAACGGAACUUCUCAAGGUCGGGAAAGAUAAGCGAGCAUUGAAGGUGGCGAAGAGAAAGCUAGGCACUCACAAGAGGGCCAAGAAGAAGCGUGAAGAGAUGUCCAGUGUCCUCCGCAAGAUGAGGUCAGCUGGAGGUGCAGAGAAGAAGAAGUGAUUUUUGAGGAUGUUGAUGUUUCAGAUAGCAAAACUCUAAUUACAAGUAGGGACUUAAACAAGAUCUUUAUUUUCUCAAGUUUCCUUUUUUUUCCCAAUUAAAUUAUUUGGAGAUUGUCGAGUUGAGUUUUGAGUUGGAGUAAAU